GGCUUGAAUCUGAAUAUUUCUCGGAGUUUACAUUUAAGAAGAUAUUCUGCUCUAUUGUUGUUGCUGUUGUUGUUGUUGUGUUUAAUGCAAUUGUUAUUGCAUUCAACAUUAAUUGACAUAAUCCACACAGACAACGACCAUGCAAUCAUCACCUCCUCUCCUCCUCAACCCACCCACUCCUCCCUACCCAUCCACACCCCUCCGGCGCGCGCUGAUAGAGAAUGAUCCGCAGUCAUGGCAUCUCUGUCUCGAGACCUGGCAUACGCUCGCGACUUACUUCCGCGCUUUGAAGCCAGCGGACAGAGCAAAGGCGGUGCAUUUCAGGAAGUUUCUCGCCUCGUUCGUCAGUGUUUCGCGCGACGACGACGAUCUUGACCAGCAGCAGCCUGAUGAGCAGAGCGAGGUGUUUUCUAGUCUGAAGAAGGAUGUCUACUGGCUGCUUACAGACGAAUACUCUCGCUCCUCGACCGUCUCCAACAUCGACAUGUUCUGGGGCUUCGUCGCGCUCUACAUCCCGCACCACUCAGACCGCAUCUGCACCCUCUUCGAGACCUUCACCAGCACGUCCGACCAGCUCCUGUCGCGGCUUCAAGAGUUUCUUCUCGAUCGAGUGCGUCGGGGCGUGUUUAGGCUUGCGGAGUUGCAUGCCGCGCAGUUGCUGCUCGCGAGACCGGCGGUCGCUGGUGUGUUUGGCGAGUUUGAUCGGCCGUGGGUUAAAGGCCUGCGAUCGAUCGUCGGCGCUGCUACAAAAUCUGAUCCACCACCGCCUCCUCUCUCUUCCUCAUCUUCCUCAUCGACAACAGCAGCGGCAACACCGGCGGAAAUCGCACUCAAGCUCGCAUAUCUCUCAAUCAUCUCCCUCGCGACGACAAACCCCGACGGCGCAGCUACGCUCCUCAAACGACUGCUGGCGCUGCUCCCUCCCCCCGCUGAAGUCCUGCCGGGCGAGAUGCUGGUCGCGCUCGUGGUUCGGACGCGGCUGAUUCCGCGGUUGCGCGGGUUGGGUGCAGUAGGAACGGGGUUGGAAGGGAUCGUGGUCUCGCUUGAGACGGUGAGGUAUCGACUUCCUGCUGGAGUCGAGAGGGAUGUGAAUAAGUAUUUCCGACGGACCGCGCGACGGCGAGAGAAGAAGACGCAGCAGCAGCAGCAGUCUUCAUCACAGGCCGCGAAGAAGGAUGAAAAGAAAAAGGAGAAGCAGGCGCAGGAUGACGCGUUACUCUCGGUAUUGGACGAAGAAGACGCGGCAAAGGUGGUUGAGAUCCGGCAGAUCUUUGACGGCGUGCGGAUACGCGACGCAAUCACAUUACUGGCUGAGCAUGACAAGUCUGUUGAAGGGGUGAUAGGGUAUCUUGUUGACCAUCCUGAGGUUUACACACGAGUCUCGUCAGAAGGUGAGAGUGAGAGCGAGAGCGAUCGUGAAAAAGUGGCAGAGAUUCAAGUCGACGACGAGGCAAAAGAAGAAGAGGAACUCGCGCGGCGACUUGACACUCUCGACUUUGAACCAGGCACGAUCCAUAUCGGCAAACGGCCGGCGCUGGACGCGGACGCGAUGCUGCAUAGCACUGCGAGCGAGCGCGGGGAUAAGCAAAAGAUCUUUGACGCGCUCGCGCUGAUUUACGACGAAGACGAGGCGGAUGAGAGAGAUGAUACGUAUGACGAUCUUGAUGCGGGUGUGGUUGAUGAUGAGGAAGGUGAGGGCCUUGUUUCGGAGGUUUUGAAUCCGGAGCAGCAGCAGCGGCGGAAACAGCAACAGCAGCAGAGAGAGGAGGAAGAUCCGAAUGAGAAGAUGCUGUGGGAGUUGUAUUCGCGACAACUGGGCGCGUUCGAGACAAAGAUGCGCGGGUCGAAGCAGAGAGCGGAGGUUAAGAGUGCGACGGGGUGGUCGGAUGAGCAGGUUGAGGGGUGGGCGAAGAUGUUGGCGCGGGAUGUGAGUUUGUUCUUUUUUACUUUACUUUGGUUUGAUGGUGGAUAUUAACUUGAAGCAGGGCAAAAUGCGGAAACGGCUGGAGAAUAAGUAUAUGUUUAAAGGGAAUAAACCGCGUGAGGCACAGGCUACAGCAUCGGACGACCCGUCUUCUUCCUCGGCGGCUACGUCGGGUGAUGAGAAUAAUCAUCAGCAGCCUCGCCGUCCACGGAACCCGCGGUCUGCUGGGGGCGGAGGUGGAGGAGGAGGAGGGAGAGGGGGAAGAGGAGGGCAGAAGAAGAGUGGGUUUGCGAGGGAUAAUCAUAAUCGCAAGGACGGGC